AUGCUGGGCCUGACUUUCCUGGGCCUCGUGGCUGCACUGGGUGUCAGGCUGGGGGCCCCAUUGUGCCUGUCCCGGCAACUCAGCCUGCCAGGGGACUAUAUUCUGGGCGGGCUUUUCCCUCUGGGCUCGGCCGAGGAUACCGGGUUAGGUGACAGGAUGCAGCCCAAUGCCACCAUGUGCACCAGGUUGUCGGCCCCCGGCCUGCUCUGGGCACUAGCCGUGAUGAUGGCUGUGGAGGAGAUCAACAAUGCGUCCACCCUGCUCCCUGGGCUGCGUCUGGGCUAUGACCUGUUCGACACAUGCUCGGAGCCCGUGGUCGCCAUGAAGCCCAGCCUGGUGUUCAUGGCCAAAGCGGGCAGCCGCAGCAUCGGCGCCUACUGUGACUACACGCAGUACCAACCCCGCGUGCUGGCUGUCAUCGGGCCCCACUCAUCCGAGGUUGCCCUGGUCACUGGCAAGUUCUUCAGCUUCUUCCUCAUGCCCCAGGUCAGCUACGGCGCCACCACUGACCGGCUGAGCAACCGCGAGACAUUCCCAUCCUUCUUCCGCACGGUGCCCAGCGACCGUGUGCAGGCAACGGCCAUGGUAGAGCUGCUGCGGGGGCUACGCUGGAACUGGGUGGCCGCCGUGGGCAGCGACGAUGAGUACGGCCGGCAGGGCCUGAGCCUCUUCUCCAGCCUGGCCAACGCCAAGGGCAUCUGCAUAGCUUAUGAGGGCCUGAUGCCGCUGCCCCGUGCUGGCGGCACGCGGCUGGGCUCUGUGCAGAGCCUGUUGCACCAGGUGAACCACAGCAGUGUGCAGGUGGUGGUGGUGUUCUCCUCUGCACAUGCCACCUACAGCCUCUUCAGCUAUACCAUCCACUACAAGCUCUCACCCAAGGUAUGGGUGGCUAGUGAGGCCUGGCUGACCUCAAGCCUGGUUAUGAUGCUACCGGGCAUGGAGCGUGUGGGCACGGUGCUUGGCUUCCUGCAUCAGGGUGCCGAGAUGCCCGAGUUCCGGUCCUAUGUGCAGACCCGCCUGGCCCAGGCCGCCGAGCCCGCCUACUGCGCCUCACUAGAGGCAGGGCGGCUGGGUCUGGAGGAACACGUGGUGGGGCCACGCUGCCCGCAGUGUGACCGCGCCUCCCCGGAGAACGUGACCGAUGGGCUGCUUUACCACCAAACCUUUGCCGCCUAUGCAGCCGUGUAUAGCGUGGCCCAUGCGCUUCACAAAGUGCUGCUCUGCAACUCCUCGGGCUGCCCCACACAGGAGCCCGUGCGGCCCUGGCAGCUCCUGGAGAACAUGUACAACAUGAGUUUCCGUGCAUACAACCGGACCCUGCAGUUCGACACCAGCGGGAAUGUGGACCUGGCUUAUGACCUGAAGCUGUGGGUGUGGCGGGACCAGAUGCCCACACUGCGCACCGUGGGCAGCUACAACGGCAGCCUGGAGCUCCAGUUCUCCAACAUGAUCUGGCACACCCCGGGAAACCAAGAGCCCGUGUCCCAGUGCUCGCGGCAGUGCAGGGAGGGCCAGGUGCGCCGCGUGAAGGGCUUCCACUCCUGCUGCUACGACUGUGUGGACUGCAAGGCAGGCAGCUACCAGCGCCACCCAGACGAUGCCCUCUGCAGCAAGUGUGACCAGGACCAGUGGUCCCCAGACCGGAGUACCCGGUGCUUCCCCCGCAGGCCCAGGUUCCUGGCGUGGGGGGAGCCGGCAGUGCUUGGGCUGCUCCUGCUGCUGGGCAUCGUUCUGGGUCUGGUGCUCAUGGCCCUGGGACUCUUCACCUGGCACCGGGACAGCCCACUAGUUCAGGCCGCAGGGGGGCCCCGAGCCUGCUUUGGCCUGGCCUGCCUGGGCCUGGUCUGCCUCAGCGUCCUCCUGUUCCCUGGCCGGCCCAGCACUGCCAGCUGCGUGGGUCAGCAGCUGCUGCUUCACCUCCCACUCACCGGCUGCCUGAGCACACUAUUCCUGCAGGCGGCCGAGAUCUUUGUGGGCUCAGAGCUGCCACCUAGCUGGACAGACUGGCUCCACAGCCGCCUGCGGGGGCCCUGGGCCUGGCUGGUAGUGCUGCUUGCCAUGCUGGCAGAGGCGGCGCUCUGCUCCUGGUACCUGGCAGUCUUCCCACCGGUGGUGGUAACAAACUGGCACGUGCUUCCCACGGAGGCACUGGUGCACUGUCGCGUGAGCUCCUGGAUCAGCUUCGGAGUGGUGCAUGCCACCAACGCCAUGCUGGCCUUUCUCUGCUUCCUGGGCACCUUCCUGGUACAGAGCCGGCCUGGCCGCUACAACAGCGCCCGCAGCCUGACCUUCGCCAUGCUGGCCUACUUCAUCACCUGGGUCUCCUACAUCCCACUCUUUGCCAAUGUACACAUGGUCUCCCACCCCCCUGUGCAGAUGGGCACCAUUCUCUUCUGUGUGCUGGGCAUCCUGGCCACCUUCCACCUGCCUAAGUGCUACCUGCUGCUGUGGCGGCCAGACCUCAACACCCCUGAGUUCUUCUUGGGAGGGGGUCCCAGUGAUGCCAGAGGGCAAGGCAGCAGUGGGGUUGGGGAGGAGACUCAGGGGAAAAACAAGUGA